AUGAUGAUGAUGAAAAAACAAGACAGGAAAUUAAAUAGAUCAUACACUUUGACCUUAAUGAUUGUGUCAAUACUAUCAUUUUUAUAUCUCAGCUACAAUUAUGAUGAUUUUUUUUAUUUAAAUAAUAAUUCUAACAAUAAGAGCACGACAAUUAAUGAUGAUAUAAAAUUAAACCACGAUAGGAUACAUUCUGAACUCAAUCUAUUGACUGAAGAUAAUUUUGUCCACACACAAGAAGAACCAGUUUUAAAUUCUAUAAAAGUAGAAGAACAAAUUUCCACUAUUCUUAACGAUAUCACCAACCAUCAUCCAACCAAAUUACCUGUAGACGAUAUACCUAGCAGCACAAGAGAUCCCAACCCUACAGGCUCGUAUAACCCAGAAUUAAAUUUCAAACAGAUUUUGAACACUUCCCCCAUGGUAUUGUUCAUUAGAUCAUCUCAAAAGAGCAGCAAGUUUAUCAAGAAGCUAUUUUUAAACGAAUAUGAAAUAUCGCCAGAAUUCGCCAUUGUCGAUUUAGAUUUACAUAAAAAUGGUAAUAUUCUACAAAACUAUAUCCAAACGAAAAAAAUUAUUAACAAGGAUGAUACGCUGGACGUACCCUAUUUAUUUAUAAACGGUGUUUCCGUCAUCAACAGUAAUUUAAAUAAAGAUAUCAUUUCUUUACAUGUAAACGACUUAUUAUUAGAUAAGUUGAAGAGUCUGGCAGGAGAUAACGUGAUGUUUCAGAAAAAGGGUGUUCCUUCCAACAAUUAG